UACAUAAUUAUUCGUCAAAUUUUGUAGCAAAAAACAAACAAUUUUCUUUAUAAUGAAGUUGAUGUGACAAGAGUUUUCAACCAUGGGGACACAUUUCGAAGUGACACCGUCGGAGCGGUUUCGGUGUAACACCGAACCAUGAAGGCAGUAAAGGAUCGAAUCACACCGAGUCGUGAGUUCUGUGUUUACACCAGCUGUUACUGUGAGGAGAAUGUGUGGAAGUUGUGUGAGUUUGUUCAAACAGCGAGGACUGCUCCACUGGAACAGCUCUUUGUGGUUUUCAUCUCUAAUGACAACAGAAUGGUUCCUCUGUGGAAGCAGAAGUCUGGACACGCUGACCAUCCAGUGAUCUGGGACUACCAUGUGAUCCUGCUUCAUGUGGAUCCUCAGUCGGAGGUUCUGGUUUAUGAUCUGGACACAGAGCUGUCAUUCCCAUGCAAUCUGAGGCUUUAUGGCAGCCAGGCCCUCCGCUCAGACCACCACAUCAAACCUGAAUAUCACAGGAAGUUGCGUGUGAUUCCUGCUGAGAGCUUCCUCUUGAACUUUGCGUCUGAUCGAACUCACAUGAAGAACCCUGAUGGGAGCUGGAAGAAGCCCCCUCCCUCUUACCCCCCUUUAAAGACCACUGGGUGUCAGAUGAACCUGGAUGACUUCAUCAGCAUGAGCCCAGCUGUUGGCUGGGGGACAGUUUUCAGUCUGAAUCAGUUUCUACAGAAAUACUUAGGUUGCUCCUCCACCACCUCUUCAUCUUCAUCAUCAGCUCAAUCCUGAUCAGCAUCCUGGCAGCUGCUGUUUUGUGAUUAGUUUUUAUGUUAUUAUGAACAUUUAAUCUGAAAUGAUUGAGAGAUUGAGACAAACAUUGAACUGAACUUUAUGUUUUGGGCUGAGCUGCAUCUCGUUUGACCUCUCUUGAGUUUCACCUUGGCCUCUGAAGCUCAGAGGAAACCAGAAACAUGACGACGACAGCUCUUCAGCCAUGUCACAGAUUCAUCUGGAAACUGAAGUGAUCCUUCAUCACACACGCCUGUGAGAACUUUGAGCAUCAGCACCUUGAUUUCACCUGAGUUCCUGAGAAAUAAAAAGAUUUUAUUUAAUCUUU